CUCUGUGCGCUGGUGCUUUCCGCUGUGACUUGCACUUGACAUGUUCGCUCCUGCUCUCGGCAGGCCAGCCUCGCUCCAUCUCUUCCAGCAUGGACCAAAGGGAAAUCCUGCUGCAGAACCUGGAAAGAGCCCAGAGCAAGAAGCUCAACCAAGAAGCAUUUGCAGAUGAGUUUUUGAAGCUGAAAAGGCAGUCAACAAAAUAUAGGUCGGAUAAGAUCUACCCUACAGCGACAGCUGAGUGCCCAGAGAACAUCAAGAAGAACAGAUACAAAGACAUCUUGCCCUAUGACCACAGCAGAGUGGAGCUAUCCCUAAUCACAUCAGAUACAGAUUCUCAUUACAUCAAUGCCAACUUUAUCAAGGGAGUCUAUGGGCCGAGAGCAUACAUUGCAACCCAGGGUCCUCUCCCCACCACUGUCACUGACUUUUGGAGGAUGAUUUGGGAGUAUGAAGUCCUGAUCGUGGUCAUGGCCUGCAUGGAGUUUGAAAUGGGAAAGAAAAAAUGUGAGCGGUACUGGGCAGAGGUGGGCGACCCCUCCCUGCAGUGCGGCCCCUUUUCCGUCACCUGUGAAGCUGAAGAAAAGAAAAAUGAAUACGUGAUCAGGACUUUAAAAGUGACCCUGAAUGAAGCAGCGCGCACCAUCCACCAAUUCCACUACCAGAACUGGCCUGACCACGACAUUCCCUCUUCCAUUGACCCCAUUCUGGAGCUCAUUGGCGAGGUUCGCUGCUACCAGCCAGAUGACAGCAUCCCCAUCUGCAUCCACUGCAGUGCUGGCUGUGGGAGAACAGGAGCUGUUUGUGCCAUUGACUACACAUGGAAGCUGCUGAAGGAUGGGAUUGUUCCAGUGAACUUCAGUAUAUUCAGUCUGAUCCAGGAGAUGCGCACACAAAGGCCUUCGAUAGUGCAGACCAAGGAGCAGUACAAGCUGGUUUACAAUGCCGUCAUUGAGCUCUUCAAAAGGCAGAUUGAAGCACUGGAUGCCCAGGAAGAUUCUGCUUCUCUACAGGUUCUAACAAGGCAUCCUGAACCCAAGCCACUGCUGAGCCCUGUGGAAGAUAUUUAUUCUCUGAGUAGUUUGCUAACCUGCUCGGGACGAGAGGACCACGAUGAGCACCAACACCUUCCUCCACUGGUACAAAAUGAAGCGCCACUGACAUCCCUGUCUGCCACAGCAGCACGGGGCAGCUCUGGGGACACAGGCCCUUCCAUCAGACCAGCGGUCUCUGUCGGCACUCUGAAUGUUAGCGGCACCAGACACGCAGCUGCUGUCAAGAUGUGGGGUGCAGGAGAAGCCCUGCAGAAGCACCGCAGUUUGCAGUUCAGCAGCAGGUCCUCUGAGCAGCUGCUGCUGGACCUGGAGCUGCAGGGAACAGGCAGGAAAGGGGCCCAUGGCAAAGUACCUCUGGCACGGACCACAUUGAUACCUUUUGUGCUGGCACAGCAAAGAGAAGUCUGGCCUUGUGAUGGAGGGAAUGCAAAACCCACUUCGAAUUCUCAGUCACCAAAUGCCUGUUGUUCAGGCUUCCAGGUGAAGGAGCAGGAUGUACUUUCCUUUUCUCCUGCUGAGAUGAACCACUCAAGCCAAAUAGCAGACGGUCCCCCUGGCCACAGGAACUGCAGGCAGUGUCCUUACCCUUACUGUUGUUCAGCAGAAGACCCCUACUUCUCUUCACUCUCCCCAGAAGAGCUGCCAUCCCCAGAGCCACCUGUUGGGCAGGAUGCACUGGGCCCUCCUUGCACAGUGCCCACCGCCCCACUGCUCUGGCCUGCAUCCCACCACGCUGCCCAGCCAAGCACUGGGAGGACAUCCUCUCUGAACAUCCUGCCCCAGACAGAUGAUGACGAUCCUCCACCCCUGCCAGAGCGAACUCCUGAGUCCUUUAUUGUGGCCAGUGAAUCAGAACUUCCCCUGGCCACCUCAGACUUUCAGUUUCCACCUAUACACGAAAAUACUGGAACCUCCUUGGAGCAGAGUAGUGUGUCUCCCUCAGUGACGUUUAAUGACUCAAUGAGACUGAGACCAAGUAAGAGUUUAAAGCUUCGGAACCCACACUCAGAAACAAACCGGGAUCGCUCCAGCUCUCCUCCCCCACUUCCUGAAAGAACCCCGGAGUCGUUCGUUCUCGCUGAUGGAGAAAGUCUGCAGCUUCCUGGAAGAAGUUCUACAGCUAGUUCUUGGGACUUGAGUAAUGGAGCUUCUGAAACAUCAUCAAAAGAGCCUGUGAAAUGUUUCAGGAGAAGCAAGAGCUUGAAAAUAUUCAAAAACGUGAGAAAAAGCGUCUGUACUGCAUCUUCACUGACAAAACCAUCAGAAUCUGCACCUUCAAAUCAUCUGAGCUCUUUCUUUAAUUUUGGCUUUGCGAGUCGAUUUUCAAAACCGAAAGGAUCAAGAAACCCACCACCAGCAUGGAACAUUUAGGUAAACCUCAUAGAUUUGGUGUCAUAGAGGUGUGAAUACCUUCUGAUAUGCCACGAGUGCUCACUUCAGGAAGGUUUCCAUCAACAUGAACACACAAAACGUGUCGCAUGAUAUCUGCAGAUGAGGCACUACUCGCACGUUCUUCAGCUGAAGAUCUGAAGUACAGGAGCACACGUAACUACCGGCAGCUGAGCGCUUUCAGUUAAAUCACAACGGGGUGGACAUCAAACCCAGGAACGGAUAUUUCAUCCUAUCGAGUCAUCAAUUUUUGUUGCGUUUUGGGGUGUUUACUUCAGAACAGUAGAUUUGAGCUUUCUAAAACAAAACACUGAACUGUGAGUGAUUCCAGUGAGUGCUGCUGAAUGGUACAGAGGUCCAAGGAGGGACCGAACCACCACAAGGAGCUGAGACCUGCAGACGCCGUGUCACUGUUUCCUUCUGUGUUUCCAUCACUUGAACUGAAAGGGAAUUAGUAUCUCAAACUGUAUUUUUCCCCUCACAUUUAACGUUCUUUUUUCUCAUCUGAAUCAGAUUAUUUUUCCUGUUUUUCGGUUAACAAAGAUACUGCAGGACUGCGAAACCUGCAGCCCUCACUAUACGAAAACCCACACAGCGAUCCCAGUGCCCACAACUGACACCCAUUUGUAUUUAAUAUUUUUACGACGCGGGAAACUCAGCCAGAUCCAAAUUCGGGGAUGGCUUAUUUAAUCUAGGAAGUAUUUUAUGAUGUGUGACAAAUGCUGUGUAAAUAAAUAAAGUUUAUUUAUGGGCCGGGAAUUCACCCGCGCACACAACACCGCAAGAGCGCC